AUGUUGGUUCUCUUGCUUUCUUACUUUCAUUUAGUUAGCUGCAAUAACAUUCGUUCAGAUACCUUGUUGCCUGGCCAGUCCUUUUCCUUUUCUGCAGGAGAUACUUUAGUAUCCAAACAAGGGACGUUUGAACUUGGAUUUUUCUGUCCAGGUAAUUGUGAAAAGCUUUUUAUUGGUAUAUGGUAUACAAACAUAAAGCCCAAAACCGUCGUUUGGAUAGCAAAUAGGGACAGCCCCAUUCGCCCCCCGUUCAAUAAUUCUCAUCUAGAACUGUCUGAUGGAAAUCUACAACUCUUAGAUGCACGUAAACAAAGAGUUUGGGACUCUAAUUUACCCACAGCUUCAGCAUAUGCCAAUAAGGCAGUACUUUUUGACUCUGGAAAUCUCGUUUUGACAAAUGGCAUUGACAGACAAUGGCAGAGCUUUGAUUAUCCUACAGAUACGUGGCUGCCUGGUGCGAUGAUUGGAUUUGAUAAGACCAAGAACACACUCCAGAAACUUACUUCUUGGAGGAAUCUGAAUGAUCCAGCUUCAGGAAGUUACUCUUUGCAAUUAGGUACGAAUCAAAAUGGUGAGUUGGUUGUUCAACGUAAUUUCCAGGAACAAUGGAGAUCUGGGCCUUGGAAUGAAGGAGCGUUUGCUAUUCUAGCACAACAAAUUUAUUCUAAGGAUUUAUUCAACUUCAGUUAUAUUCCAACUGAAUAUAGUAAAAAUAUUACUUACAAUGUCUUUGGUGAAUCUAGCAUAUCUAGAAUUGUCCUAGAAUUUAAUGGGUUGAUGAAGCAAUGGUUCUGGUCUAAAGACCAUCAGAGUUGGCAGUUAGUGUGGUCUGGACCUACUGAUAAUUGUGACCGAAUAAAUUUCUGUGGUGCUUUUGGAAUUUUUGACAUGAAUGCCAAUCCACCUUGUGAAUGUUUACAAGGUUAUGAACCUCAGUUUAAAUUAGAUUGGGAUAUUAGAAACUAUUCGGGUGGGUGUGUGAGAAAAAUUCCGCUGCAGUGUGGCAGCAAUAACAAAGGUUUUGUCCGUAUGCAAAAUGUAAAACUUCCUGUCAUCUGA